AUGACCAGAAAUGGUGGUGGUGGAGACUUGAUGGAGCACUUGUACAUGGGCUAUUCUCAAGCUAAUGGGCUGCCUCAAGAAUCCAAACUUCUCUCAUACAUGACUGGUCGACCAUCUGUGAAUAGCCUAUCAAAGAAUGUGGCUACACCAUCCUUGGAUGGAGACAUAAAGAAAAAUGUCCAACCUGGGAUGGGUGGAUCUCUCCAUCAGAGUGUUAGUCAACCUGCUUUCUCCAUGACCUCUCCCUAUGGCUUCAACCCUAGUUAUGGGAGGUUAGAAACUCCAAGCCCUACAUUGGGUGGCAAAACCUCCCCUCAUCUCAUACCUGCUGCUCCUCCUGGAACUUCAAAUGCAUCCAGAAGAAGGUCCCCAGCUCCUAUUCCCACACCUAAUAAUCAUGAACCUACUUCACAGUCUGGAGGACUUCCCACCUACCAGGAAAAUGUUGGAGGUACCACUUACUAUUACACUCGUGACGAAGCUGCAAUGGGAGCACCUAGUCAAGGGGAAACUCCAUCUUUAGUCCUGCCAGAUUUCACUGUGUAUCCUGGUCCACCAGCUCAUGUUGCAAAUAUGAAACCAAAAGCUAGUGCACCCAGCUUCUUCCUUCCAGAAGAACUUCGCUUAGAACUUCUGCAUCAGCAGAGCCUUCGACUAGCACAUGCUGAUGCUGAACAGUUCCCAGAUCUCCCAACUGAGGUGGAUGAUUACCACCAACUCUGUCCCUUGGAACCUUUACCCUCUACACCAGUGCAGAAAUCCUGUUCAUUUGGUUAUGUGACAUCUGUCUACAAGGCAACCAAUAUUAAGAGUGGGGGCCAAUAUUGUCUUCGUAGGAUACAUGGAUUCCGUCUCACUAGUACAAAAUGCAUGAUGGUCGUUGAUAUGUGGCGAAAACUUCAGCAUUCCAAUAUAGUCCAGUUGCGAGAGCUCUUCACAACCAAGGUCUUUGGUGAUAAUUGGGCAGAAACCCUAAUGAUGAAACAUUUCAGUGCUCAUCACCCUUUUGCCAUGCCCAAUGGUCUGCUUGCUCCUUCUUCAAGUGAUCCAUUCUCUGAACACCCACGUCCCUUCCCAUCCCAGGGUAAACCUGGAGGCCCCCUGCGACAGCAUGCAGGUCUUCUGCCUGAGAGUCUCAUCUGGACAUACAUUAUACAGCUUACAUCUGCCUUACGUUCGAUUCAUGCUGCCAAUCUGGCUUGCCGAGCCCUUGAACCCUCAAAGAUUCUCAUCACUGGAAAGACCAGGCUGCGCCUCAACUGUUGUGGGAUCAUUGAUGUUCUUGCCUUUGAUGCAUCUCAGACAAACCAUCAAGCUCUAAUUGCUCACCUCCAGCAAGAAGAUUUGGUGGCACUUGGAAAGCUGGUCAUGGCUCUUGCUUGCAACAAUCUCUCAGCAAUUCAACGCGAGAACCUUCAUUCAUCUAUGGAAAUAGUGGCCCGGAAUUACUCAUCUGAUCUCCGGAACCUUAUAUUUCAUCAACGGGUGAAGAGCAUUAAUGACAUCAUGCCCAUGAUUGGAGCUCGGUUCUACACUCAGCUUGAUGCUGCUUUCAUGCGCUGUGAUGUCAUAGAAAGUGAGACGGCUAAGGAAGUGGAAAAUGGACGUCUGUUUCGCCUCCUUGUCAAGUUGAACACUGUGAAUGAAAGACCAGAGUUGAACCUGGAUCCAGCCUGGAGCGAAACAGGAGACAGAUAUCUUUUGAAGCUAUUCAGAGACUACGUAUUUCAUCAGGUAACAGAAGAUGGGAGACCCUGGCUGGACCUGGCUCACAUUGUGCAGUGUCUCAACAAAUUGGAUGCAGGGGUGCCUGAGAAAGAUUCAGAGAGGAUUCAGCAUGCAGCCAAAACUGCAGAGGAGUUCAUUCGCCUCUAUUAUGAGUGUAUUGAUCGGAAACGUCAUAUGAUUUCCAAGCUGUACAUGGAUCAGAAUGCAGUGCUCAUCUGGAAUGGCAACAGUGUAAUGGGCAAGGAUGAGAUACAGAAAUUCUUUCAAGAACAGUUGCCACCAAGCCGGCAUACUUUCUAUUCACUUGAUGCACAUCCAGUCUCAGUUUAUGGACAAAGACAGAUGGAAGAUCAUGAUAUAGUAUUACUGUCAUCAGAUGAUGAGUUGUCUGAAGGUGUACAAAGCAGUUCACAUGUCAAAGGAAAGAAGAAGAAAGUGGUACAUGAUAGAGAACUUACAUGUUUAUCUUGCUCGUGUGAGCAGCCCAAACUGAAGCUUGCCGAACUCUUUGUGCAAGUCUUCUAUGGCUAUCCAGUACACCCACCAGAGAAGUUAAAAAAAAGAAAAGUUUGUGGUGCAUGCUGGGACCGGGCCAAAGAGGCUUACAGUGAGAUCCAAGAUAUCAUCAAAAAGGGAGAGCCCUUUUAUGAAAACAAGAAGGUGUUGGAGUCUCGCCCUAUAGUCACCCUCUCAGAUUCAGAGAGUGGCUCAGAUGAGGAAGUAAGUGAGCCAAGGAAGCCAUCUGAAUCGCAACGUCAGCUAAUUCAGGAGCAAUAUGAGAAAUCUGGACUCAAGGCUUACAUGGAGCAGCAGUUGGAGAACUUGCACAUGGUACAAGAGGAAAAUGAAACAGACUUCAAUGAAAUCGAAAGGCAAGCCCAGAGCAUUCAAAAGGACUUGGAUGAAAUUCGUGCCAGUAUAUAUGAAGGUUGGGGCCCAAAUUACCAUUUAGUGGAAGAAAUAGUUAUUGAAGAUGAUGACUUUGAGAUUGCUAGAUCUCAAAUAGAAGCUCAUGUUGAUGAGUUGGAUUCUGAAAAGAAAAAAUAUGAGCCUCCCAAGUUCAAACUACCAACUCAUAUGCAAGAUGCUCUGAGUUCUAGCCUCAGUUGGAGUGCUAGUACUCCAUCAAGUGGGAAGCUGUACUUGCAGGGCAAAGAACAAAGUUCUCAAGCAAAUGAACUUCCUGAUAUCAUUCAUGAGAAGGAUGUGAAGCCAAUGGAUGCCCUGAAAUGUGUAAAUGUGGGAGCUCCCCUGGAGAAACCUGAACUUCACAGUGGAAUGGAAGUGUUUGUUGCUGAACGAAGCAACAUUUGUGCACCAUGGACUCUAGUCUCCAUCCUUGAUGGCCCCCAUCCAAGUGUUCGAGACGGACCAGUAUUCCGAGUUCGUUCCAAGAGACACAAGAGGGUGAACAGUUUCAUGCCAUCUAAAAAAUAUAUGGCCUAUAGCUUUAUUUCCAACCAAGGCUUUCCAAUUGGGACACGUGUCAUUGCCAAUUAUCGACAUGAAGAGGAUAAGGAGAAGACACUUUCCACCAUGCCAAAAAUAAAAACAUUCUAUGCUGGCAUUGUGGGUGAGAUUCCCAAGAGCAUCAAUCGUUACAGGUACCUGAUCUUCUUUGAUGAUUCAUACACUCAAUAUGUGCCACAUGAAGAAGUUAGACUGGUUUGUGAUGCAUCUGAAAAUGUAUGGGAGGAUGUGCAUUUCUCAACCCGCCCUUUCAUCCGAGCAUACCUUAGCAAGUAUCCUGAACAAGUCACUGUCAAGUUGAAGAAAGACCAGCAUGUUAAAGUUGAAUUGGAUGGGAAAUGGAGGAUGGCACGGGUGUUGGAAGUGGAUGCCUCCCUGGCCAAACUGGCCUACACAAGUGAUGAUUUUACAGAAUGGAUCUAUCGAGGCUCUGCUCGCCUGGCAGCUAUGCACAAUCAUCUGGUGGAACAACAAACUCACAGUAAAGGAAGUCGUCACCGCCACGAUGUCCUCCGAGCAUCACAGAAGAAUAGAGAUGCUCCAUUUAUUGAAUACAACAUUCAAACGGAAACUGGGGACGAGGCAGAAGAUGGCCAGAAGGUUCGAAGGCAAGUGGCAAGAAAACAUGGAUCAGGGAUUAGGCAGACAGCCAGGAAGACAGGAUCUGCAGUUGGUGUUGGAGAGCGAUCAGAUUCAGAUGAUUUUGAACUGCCACUUGCACUCUCAAAGGAAUAUGAGGGAGAACUUGUU